AAAGUGACAUUUGACGGGCAUGCGUACCAACAAUAAACUGUGAUAUAACCACGACAUAACCUUAAAAAGUUUUUAAUUAAUCAUAUCAUUGCGCAAUUUUUGAAAUAACAACAAAGAAAAAUAGACGAGAUGUCCGAAUACGACCAAGUUCGGGUCGGCAAACUCGUCUUAAAAGGCGAAAAACACAAGUCAAAAAAACGCAAACAUAAACGUAAACACGAAGACUCUGCUCCAAAAGUGGACUCUGACCGCUUGACUCACGGCAAUUGGUGGAAAGUGACUAAAAUUGAAGACAUCACAGGCCCCGUGGCUAUAGAAUUUGGCAAGCACACCUAUGUUAAGGCCCUUGAUAACGGUUUAUUUACACUGGGAGCCCCUCAUGAUGAAGGCGAAGGCCCCUCACCCGAGGAAGUCCUAACCGCAGUACUAAUCGACGAACGCAAAGUCGCAUUCAAGUCAGGUUAUGGCAAGUAUUUGAGAGUGGAGAAAAAUGGGGUUGUUACAGGCAGAUCAGACGCUAUCGGGGCCAUGGAGCAGUGGGAGCCGGUCUUUCAGGAGGGUAAAUUGGCGCUCCAAAGUUAUUCUGAUUGUUUCAUGAGUAUAAAUGAUGAAGAUGAUGCUGUGGUGGCUGUUGAUAAGAAGGCGGGGCCCGAGCAUAUGGUACAGGUGAGAUCCCAGACUGUCAAAGAUGUGAAUCCUCUCAAGGAUGUACCGGCGGAAGAGCAGGGGGAUCUCCAACAAGUUGAAAUUAAUUACGUUAAAAAAUUCCAAAAGUUCCAAGACAAGCGUUUGCGUAUUUGCAAGGAAGACUCCUCACAGUUGAAGAAAGCAAAAGAAGAAGGGACGUUCCAUGAGGCUCUACUGGACAGAAGGAGCAAAAUGAAAGCAGACAGAUAUUGUAAAUGAAUCAAUUUUCUAAUGGAAUUUAUUGAUAUUUCCUAAUUUACGAUGUAAUUUUAUUUUACAACAAAAACAUACAAAAUUA